AUGGGCCAUUCGGCACUAAAACCGGAAGGAAAUUUUCAUUCCCGCCACCGGGGAAAGAUCAUUGGGUUUUUUGGGAGUUCCGAUUCCCAUCUUCAAUCUCUUGGAGCAUAUUUCAAACCAAUUUCUCAUCUAUAUCCUAUCGAGUUUAUUGGACCAUUUGGAGGCCAAGGUGGACACUGUUGGGACGAUGGAAAAUUUAAUGGUGUAAAGAAAAUAAAGAUGAUGUUGGAAGAUGUUGUCAGCUGCAUCUCCUUUGAGUAUGACGAUAAUGGUGAAUCUAUUUGGUCCUCUACCCAUGGUCAUAGUGGUAGCGGAGAUAUCCAUAUGGUUAACUUGGACUACCCUCGUGAGUUCUUGACCUCAGUGUCAGGUUAUAUCAAACAUGAUAAUUCUGUUAUUCAAUCACUCACGUUCGAAAGCAAUAUAAAUAGGCAUGGACCCUUUGGUAAGGAAGAAGGAAGGUUCUUUAGCUGUGCACUGGCGUGCAGCAAGAUAAUUGGCUUUCACGGAAGGUCUGGCAUUCAACUUGAUGUGCUAGGAGUCUACUCUGAACCAAUUUCUGAUCUUCAUCUCUUGAAAUCCAUUGGGCCAUUUGGAGGACAAGGUGGCAAUCCAUGGCACAACAGAGAUAGCACAGGUGUGAGAAAAAUAAUUGUAAAAUGUGGAUCAGCUAUUGACUCCAUUACUGUUGAGUACGACAAGAACAGUUCUGUGGUUCAGGGCCCUAAACAUGGUGGAGAUGGAGGACAUCUAACAUUCGAGAUUAAGCUCGAUUAUCCUCGAGAGUAUUUGACCUCAUUUUCUGGUCACUUUGGAUCUUUUUGGGGUCGGCUCCCCAAGGAUCUCAACUCGGAGGUGUGCGAGGCGGACGGACGCAAUUCGGCCCUCGAGCUCGUCCGCCGUCCGACACCGCGAGUCGCGUAG